AUAAUUGAAUGUAAUUGUAAUGAUAUGGAUAUAAAUAUUUGUUAAUUGCAAUGUCCAUUCGCUUCGCUUGAUCCCUUCUGCGCCUAUAAAGCUGCAAAUCCAUCAAAAUCCAAAAUUUUAGGGUUUCCAUGUCCAAUGCAAGGGCUUCAUUUAUGAAGAUUUAGCGAUAAGGAUUGAAAGUGAUCAUGGAUUUGGGAAGUGAAUCCGUGGAAGAGAACGAAGUGGAUCAUGAUGGAAAUGAAAACGGGACUAGGGAUGAUGGUUCUUAUGGUAACGAGAAAAUUGGGUUAGGUUUCGAGGGAAAUUCAGAUGCCAACACGUUGAAAUCAGAUGAAAAGGGAACGGUUGUUGAGGUGGGUAGUGGGGAAGGUGUGAAUUCCAAAGGGACACCGACAAAGGGGUUUGGGUUGAAGAAAUGGAAGAGAAUUAGGAGGAAUGUUGUUAAGGAUCCGAGUUCGAGUAUUGAUUCUAGUAAAGUGUUGAAGAGGGGGUUGUCUGGCAAUGCCAAUAUGAAUGAUAACCAACCUUUUCUGCGUGAUGUUAAGGAGAAAAGUGAUGGAUCUUCGAAUAUGUUUGGGAGCGUAAUGUUUUCUGAUGGCUUACUGAUCCACGGUUCAAGUUCGGAUUCUAGAUAUGCACUUGGAUCUGGUUUUGUCGUUGGGACUGAUUCUGAGAAUAGUGAGGAUCGGAGUAGCAAGUCUUCUACGGCUGCUAGUGAGCCCAAGUUAAGGCAUGAUAAAAGCCGGAGUAGGAAUGUGAAUUCAAAGCAUUUGCCUAACUCGACUCAACGGGUUCAACAGGCAAAGGGUCGGACUGAAAGCAGCAAGAAACCUGGAGGAGGUGAAAGAGUCAAAAUUGAGAAGGAAAAUUCUUUUUCUAGUCUGGAAUCUGAUUCAAGAAGCUCCAACUUUAAGCAAGGUGUCUUUACAGUUACUAGUAAUGGAAAACAUAGCAGUAGGCCAAAUGUCUGUGACAGAGGUAACAGUGGUGAAGCUCACAGUCACACUAAUGAACAUUUCACUGAGGGAGCUGAAGCUAGUUAUGACAACGAAAAUGUUGUUGAAGAUGAAGAUCUACAAGAGAAUUUAGCUACAAAUUUGUCUUGGGAAGUUACAGAAGAAAAAAGUGUGAACAACCAAUCUUCAGCCAUUGAAGAUCCAUUAAUUGAAUCUGUUAGUAGCCUCCAGGCUGUCCAGGAAGCACUUGAAGAAGAAGUCCAGAAAUUCAGGGAGAUUGGGGUUGAAGCUAUUUCACCAGAUGAUGAUGACUCAGCAAAAUGCAUCAGUGCAUCUGCUGGUAUUACUAAUUUUGAUCUUGGACUAAAUAAGUCAAACUUAUCUGGUCAGUCUGGUGCAGAAGAAAUUAAACAAACUGCUUCAAGUUCCUUGGAUCCUCAGGUAUUGAGCUUGACACAAAAUGUAAAUAUUCUGGAAAGCAAGUUGGAGGAAUUACAGGGUGUGCUUGCUCUGAAGGAUUCCAGGAUUGCUGAACUUGAAACAUCCCUGAGUUGUAGUAAGUUUCCUGCAGAAGAAUCUGCUGGCACCAUAGGUUUAUCGGAGGAAAAAUGUAACAGGGUUGAGUCUGAGCUUGAGGGCCUUUUUAGGCUAAAGAUUGAAGCUGAGGUUGAAUACCUAGCCAUCUCAAAGGUAAUGCAGAACUUGAAGGCUGGGGCAGUUUUCCAACGGACAUUGUUGGAGGAACAAGGGAAAUUGUCUGAAAGUCAAGAGCAGGUUCUCAGCAAGCUUGUAGAUGCAGGGAGUAAGGCCUCAGUGCUGAAGAGCAAAGCAGAAGAGUUGGAAAAACAUUGUGAUGAUAGUUUAGUAGUUGAGGAGUCUUUUGUGCUGCAGAAAAGAGUAUGUAAGGUGACAUUUUAUCUUUUCAUACAGUUCAUGUUUUUAAUCUUGUUCUUUUGGCUUUUCGUGUCACAGUUAUCUCUCAAUUCUGGAAUGGUUGUACCUACAUAAAGUCUGCAAAAAUAGGUUCAUUUUGUGCAUUCUCAAAAGUUUCUUUGCUGAUCUUUGAAUGUAAAAUUUCGUUGUUAUAUCAAAUUGACCCUUCUUUCUCUGAGUAGGGGGAGAGCGUGCAUUUGCUCUCUUUGUUUUAAUAUAAUUUUGUGCACAGCCCCUUGUAAUUUGGGCUUCGCAAAACAGUUGUUGUUGCUCUUUUAUGUGUGUUUGUCUUGCCUGUUUUAAAAUACUUGGUGUUUUAGAUAUGAACUUAAGUACUUAGGGUUUAUCUUGCCUGUUAUAUAAAAACCUAGCUUUUU